AUGAUCGUCAAUUUAUAUGUGAAAGUUGUCUACAAAAAUUAUCAUGAAAAGCCUAUUAAACAACGAAUGUUUUUCUUAUUUUCUGAUGUAUUAUUCUAUUGUGCUCGUAGUUCCAGUCCAAUACUUCAAUUUAAAUUACAUGGAGAACUUCCAUUAAGAACAAUGAUAGUUACAUCAUCUGAAAAUCUUCAAUAUUCUUUAAUUGGUGCACUUGAAGAUAAUGAACAAAAUCAAAUUGAUCGUUCAGGUAUUCAACAUCGUGCUAAUACAACAAUGCAUAAUGAUUUUCCAUUGACAUCAUUACCAUUACUUGUUUAUCGUAGUUCAAUACCAUCAGAAAAUGAUGAUGAUGAUGUUAAUAAAGAUUUUGUAUUUAAAUUACAAUUUAAAAAUCAUGUUUAUUUUUUUUCGUGCAGAAAAUGGAUGGAUGUUGUUUCAAGUGCAACAACAACAUCGACUAGUCAAUGA